CCCGGUGCUAGACCAGGACGUGAAACUCGUUUCUCCUCUCCCUAACCUGGGCUUAUUUCUCACUUUAGCCUUCGGAAUGCUUUCGAAAUGGUAAUAGAGCAUGUUACUGCAUACAAAUGCGUUCUUACUUCAAUCAAAAAAGAAUAUGAUGCCUUUAUUGAGACAAUAAAGAAAGGCCGAAGAACUGCAUUUUGUCUUCAUGGAAAACUUAAAGGUUUGGCAGCAGAGCCUACAGCUUUGGUAUAUCACAGGAAAAGAACAAUCCAACUUGAAGCAAAAAUGAGGAUUAUUGAAAAUAAUUCCUCGAAGAUUCAAUCUCAAAUAGAUCAAAUCAAGCAGUCUAGGGCAGAGUAUGACACGAAAGAAGUAAAAUACUGUACUUUCUCCAAAGAUCCUUCAAAACCUAUUCCAGGCAUGACUCUCCAAGAAUCCAUGAAUCUAGAUGCUCUCACUAAAUACAUGAAACAUCUUGAAGAUAAAUAUGCAGAAAUUAAACAAGCUAUGUUGAUAAAAUAUGUGCCAGCUCAGAGGAAGUCUGAUUUAGAUGAAGAAAUGAUUGUGUUAUUAAAACGGCGAGAUGUAGCUGAAAAUCUGAACAGAAAAUUACAGUUUUGUCAUCAAAGACUGCAGAUAAUUUCACAGGCACUUACUUCAUGGGUAAAAUCUGAUAUGAGCAGCCCAUUUCAAGACUUUGUGGAGCAAAUUCGGAAAACCAAAUAUUUACAAGGUGACCAAGGCAUUGUUGAAGAACUAAUGGAAGAUGAUCCACGCAGGGCAAAAAAAGCUGAAAUUAUGCUUCACUACAUUGAAAGAUUUAAUGAGUUAAUCUCACUUGGUGAAUAUGAAAAGGCAGCUUGUUAUGCAGCAAACAGUCCUAGAAGAAUUCUUCGAAACAUUGGUACGAUGAAUACAUUUAAGGCUGUUGGAAAAAUUAGAGGAAAGCCUCUUCCAUUACUCUUAUUUUUUGAGGCCCUCUUUAUCACAAGUCAUGCUUUUCGACAUCCUGUUGAUGCAGCUCUAACCCUGGAAGGAAUCAAAUGUGGAUUAUCGGAAAAACGGUUAGAUUUAGUUAUCAAUUGGGUUACACAGGAAAGACUGACAUUUUCUGAGGAGGCUGGGGAUGUGAUUUGUGAUUAUGGGGAGCAGGAUACUUAUAACAAGGCCAAGUGCCUGGCUUUAGCUCAAAUUAUCUACAGUGAAUGUGGCCUGCACAAGAAAGCUAUUCUUUGCUUGUGUAAACAGGGUCAGACUCAUAGGGUCAUGGAGUACAUACAGCAGUUCAAGGACUUUACUACCGAUGACCUGUUGCAGCUAUUAAUUUCAUGUCCCCAAGUUGAAUUAAUUCAGUGUCUCACUAAAGAGUUGAAUGAGAAACAAACAUCUUUAUCUUUUGGUCUUGCCAUACUUCAUCUGUUCUCUGUAGAUAAGAAAAAAGUUGGCAUUAAGCUACUUCAAGAAAUAAAUAAAGGUGGGAUAGAUGCAGUAGAAAGUCUUAUGAUAAAUGAUUCAUUUUGCUCCACAGAAAGGUGGCAAGAAGUGGCAAAUAUAUGUUCACAGAAUGGCUUUGACAAAUUAUCUAAUGACAUCAUGUCUAUUCUUCGAUCUCAGGCUGCAGUUACAGAAAUUUCUGAAGAGGAUGACGCAGUCAACCUAAUGGAACAUGUGUUUUGGUAGUUCUAUAUCUUAACCAGCUGAGGGAGCUUGUACAACACUUUACAUAUGCUGGUUGGGCAAACUGAUUUUAACAUAACUAACUUAUAAAUAAAUUUAGAGUAAGCUCUCAGAAAUAAAUCACACUUUUGUUAUGAUGACAUUUCGAUUUGUCUUUGAAAUAUUUAUACCAUUGCUUCCUUUUUCCCAUAUGGUCAUUUCUUAUAUUGAAUCUUGAUAAAAUCCAAGAUUAUAACUUUGUGCAAAACAGUGUAGGCAUUUUUAUCGAAGGACAUAAGCUAAUGUCCAGAUAUAUUACUUUCUGGUGAUGUAAUAUGAUAGCAAGAACUGAAGAAGGUGCAGGUAGUAUCCUGUGUGUUAGACUGUCUUCCCAAACGUGAAAUGCUACAAGCCUGACUUGACAAGAAAAGCAGGAUAUCAUUUCAAGGUUGGACUUGCUGGCAAAAACCUAGAGUACAGUAAUUUUGUACUGCUGAUUUAAAGAUGUGCCCCAUGCUUUGAUAUAUAUAAAUAUGGCAAAGCUUAGGCUUCUAGUAUAAAAGCUGGGAAUCUUGGCAUAUUAUUACUUAGAGAGAGGACCAGUCGAAUUUUGCAUAGAAGUAGACCUGUGAUACCUAUAGGUAUGGAAAAUAUGUCAUAAGAAGUGGUUUUGGAUGAUUUCAAGUAUCUGAAUAAGUAUUUGAUUGAAAACUCUGAAAGUUCUGUGCCAUGGACAGGUGUAAUAUUUAAAAUAUUUAAUGAUUAGUAUGGCAUGGGCACAAAUCGAGCAGAACAGAUACCCAAUUAAUCAGAACAGCCUUUAGGCCUUAUGCCGCUCCAGAGCAUACUAGCUAAAUAUCAGCCUGGACCAUGGAACAUGGUUAAAAUGAGCUGCUGGCUGGGCGAGGUAGCUCAUGUCUGUAAUGCCAGCACUUUGGGGAGGUCGAGGCAGGAGGAUCACUUGAGCCCAGGAGUUUGAGACCAGCUAGGCAACACAGUGAGAUCCUGUCUCUGUUAUUAAAAAAAGAAAAAAAAUUUUCAAGUAAAAAAUGAAAAUGAGCUGCUAUUAGAAUAAGAGCAAAGAGCAUAACUUUUCCCCUCUUAAACUUAAAUUGCAGAUGUAUUUUUAUGUUAUAGUGGAAAGAAGAUGAACAGGGAGUCAGACAGCUUCAUAUUAAAAUUCUGGUCCUACCUCUUACUCAUUUAUAAAAUAUGGGCAGUCCUCUCUUAGGCUUGUUGUGAGGAUUAGUGAUAAUGUAUGUGUAGUGUAAGUGUAUAACAUGAUAGAGGAACUUAGUAAAAGAUAGCUAUAAUUCCUUUGUAAUAGGCCCCAGAAACACACAUUUCUCUGCUUAGUUUGUACUUACUAAAUCCCACAUGUCUAUUCAUUUGUAUUUAUAUGUUUAUCCUUCUUUAAAGUAUUUGAUAUAUUGGUACAACUUACUGCUGAUAUUAUCUGUCCACACUCGUAUUAGGGUUGCCUGGCUUAUUUUAUAAAUUCAGAAGCAUUCAAGCUGAGUUUUUAAUUUUUCCAUUUGGUGCUAAACAGAGUACUGGAUAAUUAUAAUUCAGCUUUCUAAAACAUAGCAUUUUUAAAGUAAUACAUGUGCGUAGUUUAAAAAGCAAUUUAUUACUAAAAGGCUUAUCAAAAUAAUAUUUUGAUUUUUGGCCUUCAUGCUAGCUGUUGAAAAGAGCAGAUAAAGGAUGGAAAAAAGGAAUGGAAAGGGAGAGGUAUUUCAGCAGCACUGGUUCUUUGUGUACCAAUGGCUUAAAACCUUUUUUUUUUUUUCUUUUGAGACCUAUAUGAUUGAUAGAAAGCUAUUAUGUAUCCGUUGACAGAGCUUAGAAAAAACAUGUCUCCAUGAAAGCCGGGAGGAUAAAGUAGGUAUAUAAAUCUAGAGAAAGCUUAAACAGCCAUUGUUGUUGUUCUUCUAAUUUUGCCUUGUUUUUCCUUUGCUCAUUAUUACUCCUUCUCAGCUAGCAUUGCCUUUGGCAGCUUUCCCAAGAAAAGUGAAAGUUGUUAAGUGAAUAUAAAUUAAAAUGCCUGGUGAUGGAAAAUGGAGUUGGGAGGAAGAGCAAGAUUAUAAAGUUAAAUGAGAAAGGAGAAAGAAUUGAGUUGUGAGCUACGGAGGGCUUUGAAGCUGUCAGAGCCUCCGUGUAAGCUACACUGAAGGAGGUAUAAUCUGGGCCUCAGCACAGAAACCUGCAUUCUAGACCAGCCCCACCACUGUCUAGCUACGUGUCCUUUUCCUCAUGCUUAAGAUAAAUUUAUUUUGACUAGAUAACUCCUCUUGUCAUUUCCAACUCUAAAAUUCAGUAAUUCUGAAAAGGUACAAAUUAUUUCCCAAUGCUUCUUGACCUUCAGCCUAAAUUUGAAAUACUACAAUUCAACAUCAGCAUCAACAACAUCUACUGAAUACCUAUUUUGCACACAAUUUCUGCUAGCAAGAUUACAACUUCAAUGGAAACACACAGCAUAUUUUAAAAGUUACUACUAAUAAUUCCUUAGCAUUAUCUAAUAGUCCAUAUUCAAAUUUCACCAGUUGCUUAAAAAUGCCUUUUAACAUUUGAAUUGUUCCAAUGAAGAUUUAACCAAUGUUCAUGUGUUCCAUUAGGUCUUGCUGUCUUGAGUAUGUCUUCUCUCUUUUUUUCCUCUUGCCAUUGAUUGCUUUACAUAGCAGUUGCAUAGCACGGGCCAUGAUGAAGUAAGUUUCUCUGAUUUCACAUUAGGUUUUCUUUCUACCAUACCAUUGAGGAAAGGAAGAUAUUUCUUCCAAGAUUUAAUUGUAACUAGUUACAUUUUUGUUUAUUGUGGUCGUGCAUGUAUCAGAAUGAAUUUCUAUUAAAUUCAUUCAUUUGGAAAGGUUUGGAGACGUUCUGAAACAGAAAUCUAAUCUAAUGAAAAAAAUUUUCUUAAUAUUUAGAACUUUUCCUAAAUCCUGAAUUAACUAAGAAAUGACCAUUAAAUUAAUCACUGUUUUAACUUUACAAGAUGAAAAACUGAUACUUUUUAGGUGCCUGGAAUUCUGUUGGAUUGCUAAAGCAUAUGUUAAGUCAAAAAUCAUAGCAGAGGCCUUAUUUUUUCUUUUAACUUUGUACAUUUCAUAGAAAGCUCGUACGUUUCUUCCAUUCUUUCUCAGAAAAAAACAGCAUUUAACAAAUGUUCAGUGUAGCACUACUGAAAAUAUAAAACUGUCAGUUUGCUAGUAGUUAUAAUUUGUUGUGUUCUUGAAUAAAAAUAUAUUGGAUACAUAAAAAA